CACUGUGAUCCGCGCUCACUUGGAAAGCCGGGUCGCCUCCCUCCCUCAGAUCCAAGUCAAAUUCCGGGAGGAAUCCAAUCCGCCUUCCAUCUCCAUCCACCGAGGCGAGGAAGCUUCCGCCGCGCAGAUCCCCAAACCGGAGCCGUCUCCAUCCUCCAACCCCGCCGCCGGCUUCACGGCGACCCCGGUUUCGUUCGAUCCCGUUCAGGUUUCGGGCGGAAAUGGGGGAGGGGAUCAACGGCGACGCCGGCGGCCUCGCGGCGGCGCCGUACGACCAGUGGCUCCCCUUCAGCACCGCCGGGGGUUCCACGCGCCCAUCCGCGCGUUACAAGCAUGCUGCGGAAGUGGUUCAAGACAAACUCUACGUGGUUGGAGGGAGUCGCAAUGGACGUUAUCUAUCAGACAUUCAGGUUUUUGAUUUUAGGACAUUCAAGUGGUCAGUAUUAAGUCCUACUAGAGAUUCAAACCAGUUGAAUACUGAAAAUAGUACCACAGACCAGUCAUUCCCUGCAAUAGCAGGCCAUAGUCUGGCCAAGUGGAAAAAUAACAUUAUAGUUGUAGCUGGGAACACAAGAACAUCAACAUCAAAUAAGGUUUCAGUUUGGCUUAUUAACAUGGAAACAAAUAGCUGGUCCUCUGUUGAUACAUAUGGAAAAGUCCCAAUAUCCCGUGGUGGACAAUCUGUAUCCCUAAUUGGUUCUCGAUUGAUAAUGUUUGGUGGAGAGGAUAACAAGAGGCGUCUUCUGAAUGACCUUCAUAUACUUGACCUGGAGACAAUGAUGUGGGAAGAAGUUAAAACAGAGAAAUGUGGUCCAGCUCCUAGGUAUGAUCAUUCAGCUGCUGUUUAUGCUGACCAGUAUCUUUUAAUAUUUGGUGGUUCCUCCCACUCUACAUGCUUUAGUGAUCUCUACCUGCUUGAUUUGCAAACUUUGGAGUGGUCUCAACCUGACACUCAAGGUGCACAUAUAAAUCCUAGGAGUGGUCAUGCUGGUACCAUGAUUGAUGAAAAUUGGUAUAUAGUUGGUGGUGGAGAUAAUGCAAGUGGUUCCACUGAUACAAUUGUCAUGAAUGCUUCCAAGUUCGUAUGGUCUGUGGUCACAAGUGUGUCACCUCGAGAUCCGCUUGCUUGUGAGGGUCUCACUCUUUGCUCAACCACAGUUGAUGGCGAAAAGUUCCUUGUUGCCUUUGGUGGUUACAAUGGGACAUACAACAAUGAGAUCUUUGUUAUGAAACUUAAGCCAAGGAAUUUAGUGCAACCUCGUCUUCUCCAAUCACCAGCUGCCGCCGCCGCCGCUGCUUCUGUGACAGCUGCCUAUGCUGUGAUAACUGCUACUGAUGAGAAAACCAGAGACAUUCUUGCAACGGAUGAUUUAGAUGUGAAGAGAGUUCAGCCUGCAGGUUUUUCCAAACAAAUUACUACUCAAGUUGAUGCACUUAAUGGAGAGAAAAGCAAGCUAGAGUCCAGACUGGUAGAAGUUCAUGAUGAAAACUCAAAACUAAAGGAUAGACUAGAUAUGGUAAAGUUGUCUCACAGUGAAUUGACAAAGGAGCUUAAAUCAGUUCAAAAUCAGUUAGCGGCAGAGGGUUCUAGGUGCCAGAAACUGGAGUCCCAAAUAGCUGCCGCACAUAAAAGGCUGGAAUCUGCCGGUUCUUUGGAGAAUGAACUAGAAGUACUGCGGCAACAAAUAUCUCAGGUGGAGCAAACCAUGACAACUGCUCAAAGACAGAAAUCUGGGGGUGUUUGGAAGUGGGUGGCAGGAAGUGCAGAGGCCUCAGAUGAUGAAUAGUCCACCAACACUAAGACAAGCAGCUUUCAGGCACAGAAUGACAGCAUGCAGAGCUGCUACAGUUUUGAGAUAACUUGUUUGCUGCAAGUUUCUGGGUGCUCCCUUAAGAUCUUGCUCGUGGUUGAUUUUGAGAGAAUAUCUCCCAAGACAGUCUUCUGGAUCUUCCCAAGUGGCGGCACCUGGUAGAAAUUUUCCAUAGGCAAGUUAGACAUUCAAUACCAAGACAUAACUUCAUACAAGUAUACCGAAUCUUUUGUAUUACAUUCUAAAAAUAAUUGAUUAGUUAUUAAUCUUGUUUUCAUCAUGGCAUACUUUCCUGUGGUUGGUGUUACAGAUAUACAAAGUGUUCAUUGGUUGUGGCUACUGAAUGAAUACAUGUCUAUGCCCCAGACCUGCAAAUAUGCUAUCAGAU